CUGACCACUUUCAAGCACGGUGAUUUGCUGAACGAAGGAUUUUCCGGUGUCUGUUUCCUCUAGUUGCGGUUCAGGUUCGAGACGCAUGCCCAGCCUCCCGACGGCACACGGCUCGCGGGGAAUCGAAUGGUCUCCGCUUUUUCAUGAAAGCCCAUACAACUUCAGUCUGAGGGCUGGGCUUAGGGGGAGCGGAUCAGAAGGGCCCAGUUUGACUGUACGAAAAAUCAAUACUAUUUCACUUAUGGCUCUCUAGUACAACUUUAUCACAUAUUUUUGUGGAUUGUGGACAGGACAACAUUUUGUAUAAAGUCCGUUUUGUACAACUGUGGGCGUUUACGAUGGAAAUGCAAAGGUGGUCCACAAGGUGGAAAACGAAAAGGUGGCUUUGGAACUCCAGUCUAACCACUUUCGUCACUCUAUCUUUAAUUCUACAGACCGCCAAUGUCAGAGCAGCUGACCCUGUGGAUGUACUCAAGGCUCUGGACUUUCACAGCUCUCCUGAGGGCGUCGAGAAAACAGCAGGAUUCUGUACAGUCCGGAGAGGGUCCAAACCCGACGUAGCCUUCCGAGUGAGGAAGCAGGCACAAAUCAGCGCUCCCACCAAGCAGUUCUUCCCAGGAGGAGUAUUCCCUGAGGAUUUCUCUAUCCUGUUCACCAUCAAACCCAAGGCCGGCAUCCAGUCCUUCCUGCUGUCUGUGUACAACCAGCAGGGCAUCCAGCAGCUGGGUGUGGAAGUGGGCCGCGCACCUGUCUUCCUGUAUGAGGACCAGCAUGGCAAACCCGCACCCGAGGAGUACCCCCUUUUCCGCACAAUCAACCUCGCAGACGGAAAGUGGCAUCGUGUAGCCAUCAGUGUGGAGAAGAAAAGUGUGACCCUCAUUGUGGACUGUAAGAAGAAGCUCACCAGGCCAUUGGGCAGGAGUGACCGAGCUGUCAUCAACACAGAGGGCAUCACUGUCUUUGGAACGAGAAUCCUUGAUGAAGAUGUCUUUGAGGGUGACAUCCAGCAGCUGCUGAUUGUAGCGGACCCCAGGGCGGCCUAUGACUACUGUGAACACUACAGCCCAGACUGUGAAACCCCCCACCAGGACAUCCCACAGGCCCAGGAACCUGAGGAUGAGUACAAUUCCUAUGACUUAGAAUACAAUGAGUUCUAUGACUACGCUGAGGGAGAGGUAGGCACUGAAACUGCCCCAACUGAAGCAACUAAACCUGAAAAAGAGGAGGCUGUUGUAGAUGAAGAGUACUAUGGUGGUGAGUUAGACUACGGAGCAGUGGACGGCAGUCAACCUGAGAGCCCCCCUGGCACAGCCAGCCCAGCCGAGAACUACGAAGAGGAAAUCAUAGACGAUUACAUCACCGGAGUGGAGCAGGUGGGGGUGGACCCAACCGUUGCUGUGGAAACGCCCGCACCAGGGAAACCUAUAGAUAGCGCGGACCCUGGCGUUGACUCGUAUGAUUUCAAGGAAUACGAGGUGAAGGAGGAAGACGCCAAAGAGCUGGACAAGACUCAGUAUGACUAUGGUGCCUAUGACGAUUAUGGGACCCCCAGUGAGACCAAACCUACCAGCGAGGAUGAGUUUGGGCCUGGGGUCCCUGCUCAGACUGACAUCACAGAGAGCAGUGUGUCAGGCGGUACCAGCUAUCUGGGAGAGAAGGGAGAGAAGGGCGAGCCAGCCGUCAUUGAGCCGGGGAUGCUUAUAGAAGGACCCCAAGGAGUCCCCGGCCAGGCAGGUCUUCCUGGUACCCCAGGCUUGCAGGGUCCCCCAGGCCCCCAUGGAGAUCAUGGUGAGAGGGGUCCACCUGGGCGUGCAGGAAUUCCUGGUUCGGAUGGGGUUCCUGGUCCUCCAGGUACCAUUCUGAUGCUGCCUUUCCGUGCUGGAGGUGAGGCCCAGAAGGGACCUGUGGUUUCAGCACAGGAGGCUCAGGCCCAGGCCAUCCUAGCCCAAGCCAGGCUGACCAUGAGAGGAUCUCCAGGGCCAAUGGGCAUGUCAGGAAGGUCUGGCCCAGUGGGUGGACCUGGAUCUCCUGGACAUAAGGGUGAAGGUGGCGACUCUGGACCUCAGGGCCCUAGGGGUCUUCAGGGCACUACCGGUCCACCAGGGAAAGGAGGAAAGCGGGGCCGUAAUGGAGCUGAUGGUGCCAGAGGAAUGCCAGGGGAGGCUGGAGGCAAGGGUGACCGUGGUUUUGAUGGCCUGCCUGGACUCCCUGGAGAGAAAGGACACAGGGGAGAGCAUGGUUCCACUGGCCCCCCAGGACCACCAGGAGAGGAUGGCCCCAGAGGAGAAGAUGGAGAGAUCGGUCAGAGGGGCGUGGCUGGAGAGAGCGGGCCUAGGGGGCUGCUGGGUCCCAGAGGAUCUGCUGGACCUUCAGGACAGCGUGGUCUACCUGGACUUGAUGGCCAAUCAGGACCUAAGGGGAACAUGGGUCCACAAGGAGAAGGAGGGCCUCCUGGCCAGCAAGGUAUCCCCGGACCACAAGGUCUGGUCGGACCUCAAGGCCCUAUUGGUCCUCCUGGUGAAAAAGGACCUCAAGGUCGCCAGGGUCUGGCUGGCUUGGGCGGUGCUGACGGCCCUCCGGGUCACCCUGGGAAGGAGGGUCCUCCAGGAGAGAAAGGGGGGGUUGGUCAUGCCGGGCCAAUGGGCUCCAUCGGCUACCCUGGGCCUCGUGGUGUGAAGGGUGCUGAGGGCAUCAGAGGUCUUAAAGGUGGAAGAGGAGAGAAGGGAGAAGAUGGUUUUCCAGGCUUCAAAGGCGACAUGGGGCUCAAGGGAGACAAGGGUGAGGUGGGUGUGCUGGGCAUCCGAGGAGAGGAUGGUCCUGAGGGCCCGAAGGGUCGAUCUGGUCCCAACGGGGAGGCUGGACCAAUCGGCUCUGCUGGAGAGAAGGGCAAACUCGGAGUCCCGGGAUUACCUGGCUACCCAGGAAGACAAGGCCCUAAGGGCUCCAAUGGCUUUGUUGGAUUCCCUGGAUCAAAUGGAGAGAAAGGAGGGAGGGGUAUCGCUGGCAAAUCUGGUCCAAGAGGUCAACGUGGUCCUACGGGUCCCCGUGGUGGUCGUGGUGCUAGAGGCCCAACAGGAAAGCCGGGUGCUAAGGGCACAUCAGGAAACGAUGGGCCCCCAGGUGGACCCGGAGAAAGAGGGCCUCAAGGCCCUCAGGGUCCAGUCGGCUUCCCUGGACCCAAAGGCCCCAAUGGACCACCUGGGAAAGAUGGACUUCCUGGACACCCUGGACAGAGAGGAGAGACUGGUUUCCAAGGCAAGACUGGCCCUCCAGGCCCAGGAGGAGUCGUGGGCCCUCAGGGACCCACUGGCGAGACAGGCCCCAUCGGGGAGAGAGGACAUCCAGGUUCCCCUGGUCCCCCUGGAGAGCAAGGUCUUCCUGGAUCUGCUGGGAAGGAGGGAGGGAAGGGUGACCCAGGUCCCCAGGGGGGGCCUGGAAAAGUGGGCCCCGCAGGUCUGAGGGGCUUCUCAGGACAGAGAGGUCUUCCUGGGGCCAUGGGUCCAGGUGGCUUGAAGGGAGGUGAAGGUCCACAGGGUCCACCUGGUCCUAUCGGGUCUCCAGGAGAGAGAGGUGCAGCCGGCCCUGGUGGUCCCAUUGGUCUGACUGGACGCAACGGUCCUCAGGGACCCCCUGGCCCUGCAGGAGAGAAGGGAGGCCCGGGAGAGAAAGGUCCUAUGGGCCCGGCAGGUCGCGACGGCAUCCAGGGUCCGGUUGGUCUUCCUGGUCCUGCCGGACCCCAGGGCCCGCCGGGAGAGGAUGGUGACAAGGGAGAAGUGGGUGAACCAGGACAAAAAGGAAGCAAGGCCGACAAGGGGGAACAAGGUCCUCCCGGUCCUGCUGGGAUCCAGGGUGUGGUCGGAGCUCCAGGUCCAGCCGGCAGUGAUGGUGAGGCAGGACCCAGGGGACAGCAGGGCAUGUUUGGCCAGAAGGGAGAUGAAGGCUCCCGAGGAUUCCCUGGCCUACCUGGACCUAUCGGACUGCAGGGACUGCCUGGACCCCCAGGUGAGAAGGGAGAGAACGGUGAUGUCGGUCCAAUGGGUCCACCUGGUCCUCCUGGCCCCAGAGGUCCUCAGGGCUCUAGUGGAGCUGAUGGUGCACCUGGACCUCCUGGUGGAAUAGGCUCCCAGGGAGGCAAUGGAGAAAAGGGUGAGACUGGUGAGGCUGGCAAUCCUGGACCACCUGGAGAGUCUGGUACUGGAGGCCCACGAGGAGAGACAGGGGAGAAGGGAGAGUCAGGCCCACCAGGAGCUGCAGGACCCGCUGGGGCCCGCGGACCCCCUGGAGACGAUGGCCCCAAAGGCAACCCUGGACCAGUCGGCUUCCCUGGAGACCCAGGUCCCCCUGGAGAGCCAGGUGUCGGUGGUGUGGACGGCUUGGCAGGAGACAAAGGAGAUGACGGGGAGGCUGGACAGCCGGGCCCAUCUGGUCCUUCUGGAGAGGCCGGCCCACCUGGUCCUCCUGGAAAGAGGGGACCCGUUGGCCAAGCUGGUACUGAGGGCAGACAAGGAGAGAAGGGUUCCAAGGGUGAGGGAGGAGCUGAGGGCCCUACUGGUAAGACUGGACCUGUCGGACCCCAGGGACCUUCAGGAAAGCCUGGACCUGAUGGGCUUCGUGGAAUACCUGGCCCUGUUGGUGAACAAGGACUUCCUGGUGCGGCUGGACGUGACGGCCCCCCUGGACCAAUGGGACCUCCUGGACUUCCUGGUUUGAAGGGAGACCCUGGUUCAAAGGGAGAGAAGGGUCAUCCUGGUCUGAUUGGUCUGAUCGGACCCCCUGGGGAGCAUGGCGAGAAAGGAGACCGAGGUCUGCCCGGACCACAGGGCACUGGCGGAGGCAAGGGUGAUGCUGGUGUCGGUGGUUCUGGUGGUCCUCUCGGCCCCCCUGGUCCUCCUGGAAUCCCUGGCCCUCAAGGAUCCAAGGGCUCCAAGGGAUCAUCUGGUACCGUCGGUCAGAAGGGAGACACCGGACUGAUUGGACCUCCUGGUCCUCCUGGCCCCCCUGGUGACUUCAUCCAGCCGCUGCCCAUCCAGCAGGCUGCCAGGAAGACCAGACGGCAGGCGGACGAGCAGGGAGACGAGCCCGUGGCUGAUUAUGGCAUGGAUGCCAUGACGGGUAUGGAGGAUGUCUUCGGUUCCCUCAACAACCUGAAGCAGGACAUCGAGCGUAUGAAGUUCCCCAUGGGCACCCAGGACAACCCCGCCAGAACCUGCAACGACCUCCACCUGAGCCAGCCCGACUUCCCUGACGGUGAAUACUGGAUUGAUCCCAACCAGGGCUGCACAGGAGACUCCUUCAAGGUCUUCUGUAACUUUACCGGAGGAGGAGAGACCUGUAUCUACCCUGAUAGCAGGUCUGUUGGUGUUAGAAUAUCCAACUGGCCAAAGGAGACUCCAGGUUCAUGGUUCAGUGAAUUUAAACGUGGUAAAAUCUUGAACUACGUGGAUGUGGAGGAGAACUCCAUCAACUCUGUCCAGAUGACUUUCCUCAAGCUGCUGAGCUCCUCUGCCAGGCAAAACUUCACCUACAUCUGCCACCAGUCAGUGGCCUGGUACGAUGCCAAGGCAGACAACUAUGACAAGGCGCUGCGCUUCCUGGGCUCCAACGACGAGGAGAUGUCCUACGACAACAACCCCUUCAUCAAGACCCUGUCGGACGGCUGCUCGCUGAAGCAGGGCUACUCCAAGACCGUGAUGGAGAUCAACACUCCACGCAUCGACCAAGUGCCCAUCAUUGAUGUGAUGCUGAAUGACUUUGGGGAUCCCGCCCAGAGGUUGGGGUUCGAGGUCGGCCCAGUCUGUUUCCUGGGCUAACCAAGCCCCCUCCCAGCUGAAGGACAGGGUCGCAUACCGAGACCUGACACCCCAUCCUCUCGCCCCUUCUCUCCUCGCGCCAAACCUGUGUUUUAUUUUUAUCCAGAAGAUCAGCUUGAGCACGGAGAAGGUGUCCCACGCCCUGUCGUGUAAGCAUUGUCCAGGGGAUAAUACUCCUCGCCCUUGUAGGGCCAGAAUCACAUGACUUUAACUUGUAAUCCGAGUGACAUCAGGAGAAAAAAAAGGACAUUUGAUGCCGUGGCGGACAGAGGCGCACUUUCAGCAACAGAGGGAGGACUCCACUUACCCCCCAGCCCCCACCCUCCCUCCCUCCUCUCACCCCCAGCCCCUCCUCCUUCCCUCCCCUCACCCCCCAGCCCCUUUCCCUCCCUCGCCCCCCACCCCCCGUCCCUCCCUUGCUACUCUCAUCCAAAUCCCCCUCCAUCCCUAUCCACCCUCACACUCCAGACCCCCAGCCUUCCUAGCCACCUCGCCCAGCCUGCCCCCAGCCCCCACCUCACCAAGCCUGUCCCCAGUCCCCCUGUCUGAAUGCUCCUGGUGCUGCUCCAAAUAAAACCACAGAGGUGCUUUUGUGCAGAACACAAAACACCAAGGUGCUACAAAAGUGCAUUUUGAUCAACUGUAAUUAUUAUUAUUAUUUUGUACAAUACUGUUCUUUCUGAAUCCACUUUCAAAACUUGCAUGUGUACCAAGCUGGUAAGGUUUGAAUAAAUGUGUGGUAACAUUAUAGAAAUAAAUUUGCAAUAAAUAUAUUUGUUUGUUUUAAAGGUCUGUUGAGAACUACAGUAAUUGCGAAGUAAUAUCAAGUUGUUUUUGAAUGCAGUGUUAAUAUCAACAAUUCGGUUUAAAAAAUCCCCUUACUUGUAAUUAUGAAGAGACCCUUUUUGUAAAUAUUGACCAUCAUGAGCACUUCAUCCUUUUCCAUUUCCUCAAAAAAUAAAAAGGUCACAAAACUGGACAGAACUACCUUUUCAAACUAUGUUUACUCCUUGUCAUUUGAGAGUUUAUCUAAUAUUAUUUGUGUCCAUUAUCAAAGCCAGUAUUAAAUAAAGGGUAGUUUUGUAAAGAUGUCUUAAUAUUGCUUCAAUGCAAUAUCAACACUCAUGAGCUUAUUCUACCAGAUAGAUUCUAUUCCUCCCAAUGGUAUACCUCAAUUGCUCUAGAUAAAUAUUGAGAUGUUAGGCUAUUAAGCCCUGUAUAUAUCUUGAUUAUACAAUUAAGUUUAUAUAUUUGGGUAGGGAAAGGAUAAAAACGUAUUUGUGUACCUUUUUUUGUCCAGUGCCUUGGUGAAUGCACAAAACACCCCCUUGGUGCCCUUUCUGUAAGAAUAAAGAAACAUUUUCAAUGUACUUUGGACAGUUCAUUCAAAAUAUUAAAACUGGAUUCAGAACAAUGUUUGACUGAACGGCUGUGUUGUUCCCUAUUUUGGUGCAGAAAUCCACUUCCUGGUGAUUCUGUGUCUCUGUGAUUGUUCCUGUCUUCGGUCUUUAUCCUCUCAUUCCCUUCAGAUUGGUGUGAUUAUUGCUACAGUAUGAUGUGUCACAACUGAGCUGAACCACAAGUGGUCUGAUCUCUCCAAGCCUCUCUCGCUCUCUCUCUCUUCAUCUGACUCUGAUGUGACUUGGAUCAUGGUCUGUCUACAUCUCCAUUUAAUUAGCAUCCACACUGUGUGGCUGACUGGAGUAGCAUCAAGACAAGAGCUUUCUAACCUGUGUAACUGUGUUUACAAUCUAUGUAAGGCUGAAAUAAAUGUGUGCUACCUUUCCAAAUGCA